AUGGCAGGGCUGGGUACCUGGAGCCUGACCACAGUUCCCUUGAUCAUCCUUCUGCUCCCUGGAAGCCUCGCAGCAUGUGGGCAAAUCAGCCUCUCAGAAUCCAUCGUCCGCCUGGGGAAUCCUGUCACGGCCUCCUGUGUCAUCAGCCAGAACUGCAAUCACCUGGACUCAGAGUUAGAGAUUCUGUGGAAACUGGAAUCAGAGCUUCAACCUGGUGGGAGUCAGCAGCACCUACCUGAUGGAACCCGGCUGUCCACCAUCACCAUUCCCCAUCUAAACCACAUCCAUGCACAUCUCUCCUGCUGUGUGUACUGGGCCAACAGCCUGCAGAUCCUGGACCAAGUGGAGCUGCAGGCAGGCUAUCCUCCCCCAACACCGUCCAGCCUGUCCUGCUUCAUGAACGUCACAAUCAACAGCCUCGUCUGUCAGUGGGAGCCAGGACCAGAUCCCUAUCUACCUACCAACUUCACCCUAAAGAGCUUCAAGAGUCAGGGCCAAUGCCAGACCCAGAAGGAGCCCAUUCAGGACUGUGUACCUAAGCCCAGACAGACUCACUGCUCCAUCCCGAGGGAACACCUGUUGUUGUACCAGAACAUGAGUGUCUGGGUGCAGGCAGAGAACGCACUGGGGACCAGCCUGUCCCAGCAGCUGUGCUUGGAUCCUAUGGACCACGUGAAAGUGGAGCCUCCAACACUGGGAGCCCUGAGCCUCAGACCUGAGAUGCUUCCCACUCCACCAGGCUGCCUGUGGCUGCAGUGGAAGUCAAGGCAGACCAGCACAUUCAUCACACAGAAGUGUGAGCUGCGCUACCAGCCUUGGCCUGCAGCAGCUGACUGGGCCCUGGUGACCUCCCUGCCCUCCGGCACCCUCAACCAUGAGCUCUGUGGCCUGCUCCCAGCCACAGCCUACGUCCUGCAGAUGCGCUGCAUCCGCUGGCCCCUGCUGGGCCACUGGAGUGACUGGAGUCCCCCCCUGGAGCUGAAUACGACAGAGCGGGCCCCCAUCCUCAGACUAGACACGAGGUGGCGGCAAAGGCGGUUAGAUUCCAGGACUGUGGAAGUGCAGCUCUUCUGGAAGCCUGUGCCCCUGCAGGAAGAAAGUGGGCGGAUCCAAGGGUACCUGGUAUCCUGGAGACCCGCAAGCCGGCCUCAAGCAGCCUUAAACCUCUGUAACACCACAGAAUUAAGCUGUGCCUUCCAAUUGCCUUCAGACACUCAGGAGGUGACCCUGGUGGCUUAUAACACGGGCGGGACGUCUCAUUCCACCUCGGUGGUCUUCAUGGAAAGCAAAGGUCCACCACUGGCCAGACUCCAUGCUGUAUCCCAGGACCCUCACAGCCUCUGGAUAGGCUGGGCUCUCCCCAGGCCCCAGCCUUGGGGCUACAUGAUUGAAUGGGGCUUAGGUCCCCCCAACUCCAGCAGCAGCAAUAAGACCUGGAGAAUAGAGCAUAACGGGAGCAUCUCAGGGACCUUGCUACAAGAGAACAUCAAGCCCUUCGAGCUCUAUGAGAUCACUGUGACCGCUCUGUACCAGGACACUAUGGGACCCUCCCAGAACAUCUAUGCUUACUCCCAAGAAAAGGGCCCAACCCACGCACCAGAGCUGCGUUUGAAGCAUGUUGGCAAGACUUGGGCCCGAGUAGAGUGGACACCCAAGGCCCCUGAGCUGGGGAAGAGUCCUAUUACUCACUAUACCAUCUUCUGGACCAACACACAGUCCUUCUCUACCAUCCUGAAUGCCUCUUCCUCAAGCUUUGUCCUUCAUGAACUGGAACCUGCCAGCCUGUAUCAUGUCCAUCUCAUGGCCACCAGUCAGGCUGGGGCCACCAACAGCACAGGCCUCACCCUGAUGACCUUGGCCCUGGAUGAGUACGAGCUAUACCUCCUCCUGAGUCUGUUUGGCCUUCUGCUCUUGCUUUUCUCCUUCUGUGGGGUUGUCUGGCUAUGUUCUAGUCCCAGGAAGAAUCACCUCUGGCCAAGUGUCCCAGACCCAGCCCACAGCAGCCUGAGUGCCUGGGUGCCCAGCGUCAUGGCAGAGGAGGUCUUCCAGCUGCCCAGCCUUCGGGACCCCGGCAUACCCCCCAUCACCAAGAUCACAGUGCUGGAGGAAGAAGAGAAAAAGCCAGGAUGCUGGGAGAUGAGCGACAGCUCAGGCACUUGUGACCUCCCCACUCUUGUCCAGGCUUAUGUGCUCCAAGGGGAAUCAAGAGAAGCGUCCACCCAGCCCCAGCCCCUAUCCAGCACCAACGAUCAGGUCCUUUAUGGCCGGGUGCUGGGCAGCCCCACAAGUCCAGAGACAGAGCACUAUAUCCGCUGCAACUCCACUCAGCCCCUCUUGGGAGGCCUUACCCCCAGCCCCAAAUCAUAUGAGAACCUCUGGUUCCAGACCAGCCCUCUGGGGAACUUAGCGUCCCCAUCCCCAAGCCAGGAGGAUGACUCUGUCUUUGGACCACUGAUAGAUUUCCCUCUGCUACAGGGGCUUCGAGUCCAUGGGGUAGAGGGGAUGGGAGGCUUCUAG